CAAUUUACUUCAGUAUUUGGAGUGGGAGUGAAGACAUCUGAGAAAUGGUACAGAAUGGGUUUACGAACUCUGGAAGAGGUAAAAGCUGUCAAGACCCUGAAGCUGACAAAAAUGCAGAAAGCAGGGUUUCUCUACUAUGAGGACCUUGUUAGCUGUGUAUCUAAGGCAGAAGCUGAUGCAGUAAGCUUGAUUGUCAAGAAUACUGUGUGUACGUUUCUACCAGAUGCUUUAGUUACCAUAACCGGUGGUUUCAGGAGGGGUAAGAAGAUCGGACAUGAUAUAGAUUUUUUGAUCACCAAUCCAGGACCAAGAGAAGAUGAUGAACUAUUGCAUAAAGUUGUUGACUUAUGGCAAAAGCAGGGUUUACUCCUAUAUUGUGAUAUCAUUGAAUCAACAUUUGUAAAGGAACAGCUACCAAGCAGAAAAGUUGAUGCCAUGGAUAAUUUUCAGAAGUGUUUUGCAAUUUUAAAAUUAUAUCAGCCGAGAGUAGACGACAACAGUUACAACACGUCAAAAAAAUUUGAUAUGACAGAAGUCAAAGACUGGAAGGCAAUCCGUGUGGAUCUGGUCAUAACCCCCUUUGAACAAUACGCAUAUGCUCUGUUAGGCUGGACAGGCUCCAGGCAAUUUGGACGUGAUUUGCGGAGGUAUGCUACUCAUGAAAGGAAGAUGAUAUUGGAUAACCAUGCUUUAUAUGACAGGAGAAAGGUACUGUUUAUUCUCAGAAAUAAAGCUAUCAUGUUUUUAUUUCUGA